CCCCGCCUUUUCCACAUGCGCCCUCGGUCCCAGCGAGGAGGGGGGCCGAAGUCUGGUAGUUUGGCGGAGGCCGGGGGAGCGGCAGCGCGGUGGCCAUGGCGCUCCGGGCGGGGUGGUGCGGCCUGUGGGGUGGUGCGGCCGCGCGUUUCCUUCCCACGACGCGGAGAGUUCCAUUGUGUCAGAGGAGUGAAGUUGUUGACCACAGUCUUCAUCUUGGAGAUAUCCUGGGCCCAAAUCAUGGAGUGUCUUGAAGAAAAGUUUUUCAGUCAUGGAUCAAAUAUAUUAAGUCAAAGUAACAAUGCACCACAAGCUAGCUUCUUUCCACCUCUUCAAAAAAUGAUGUUACCACCAAAUGCCUUUCAAGGAAAAGUGGCUUUUGUUACUGGUGGAGGUACUGGGCUUGGCAAAGGAAUGACAACAGCUCUGUCCAGUUUAGGUGCCGAAUGUGUUAUAUCAAGCAGGAAGAUCGAUGUUUUGAAACAAACUGCAGAAGAGAUUUCUUCUAAAACAGGAAACAAGGUUCAUACAAUCCAGUGUGAUGUGAGAGACCCAGCUUCAGUUAAGAAUGCUGUUGCUGAAUUAAUCAAGGUGGCAGGACAUCCUGAUGUUGUGAUAAACAAUGCAGCUGGAAACUUUGUUUCUCCUACUGAACGUCUUUCUGCUAAUGCGUGGAAAACAAUAGUUGAUAUUGUUCUUAAUGGUACUGCCUUUGUAACUCUAGAAAUUGGAAAGGAACUAAUUAAAGUACAAAAAGGGGCAGCAUUCUUGGCUAUUACAACAAUCUAUGCGGAGAGUGGGUCUGGAUUUGUAUCACCAAGUGCCUCUGCCAAAGCUGGGGUAGAUGCAAUGUGCAAAUCUCUUGCAGCUGAAUGGGGUAGAUAUGGCAUGAGAUUCAAUGUGAUCCAACCAGGUCCAAUAAGGACAAAGGGUGCUUUUAGUCGUCUUGACCCAACAGGUACAUUUGAGAAAGAAAUGAUUGGGAGGAUUCCCUGUGGCCGUCUGGGAACUGUAGAAGAAAUUGCAAAUCUUGCCACAUACCUCUGUAGUGAAUAUGCAAGUUGGGUGACGGGAGCAGUUAUUAGAAUGGAUGGUGGAGAAUAUGUUUCUAUGGCUGGAGAGUUCAAUGACCUGAAAAAGGUUACCAAUGAGCAGUGGGAUAUAAUGGAAGCAUUAAUCAGGAAAACAAAAGGCUCUUAAAAUACUCGUCUUAUCUUCCUUACAGAAAGUAUCACUGGAAAAGUACCAUUAGCUAUAAAUCACACACAUAUUAAGAAAUAAUCUUGUUAAACAUUUUAUUGGCAAUUCUAAUAAAAUAUUUUUAAAUUGGAA